UCCAUCAACGUCGAGAGAGAGAGACUCAAUUCAAUUCCAUUCCAUUAUUCCAUUGAACAGUACCCCAUUUGUUUUCUCGAGUUCCAACCCAUUCCCUGCACAACCACCAUUAUUAUUUCCAUGCAACCUCCUUUCUCGUUCCUCAUUUAGAUUGUAAAGAUAAGGGAAAUUAAGCACUCUCUCUCUCUCUCUUUCUCUCUCUCUCUCUGUCUCCCUCUCUCUUAAAAGAUGUCUGAACCUCUGUGCAUACCCAACUUCCCCUUUUUAAUAACUUUUCCUUCAAUGCGUCGUCCCCAAAAAAACUCUGUUUCUUCCUAUUUUCCUGCACUGUUUUGCUGACUACUAGUAGCUCCCUACGCAAUUCCACACUCUCUUUUGAUUCUUUAUCAACCCUAGAUAUGUAUCCUACUAAAAGCCUAUCUCUCUCUCUCUCUCUCUCUCUCUCUCUACCAAGGCAAAUCAUAAGGCACUCAUGACAUAAUCGCAACCUGCCCUCUCUCUUGUUCGGCCCUCUUCAUUGCCCUUCGUUCAAGGUUUCAUCUUUCAACCAUUGUUUUGAGCAUCUUUUAUUUCAGUCCUUAAUUGUUUAAUUCUCUCUCUCUCACUCUCUCUCUCGAUCUUUGACUGAACUGAGCCUCCUCCAUUCUCAUGUUCCUAAGCUCAAACCCCAUGAGAAGUGCUUCAACUUUGCCUGAUCUCUCUUUACAGAUCAGCCCACCAUCCAUUUUAGAUUUUGAGGUUAAAGAAACAGGCUAUGAAGGAAUGAAAUCAUCAUACAGUGACAGAAGCUCAAUGACGGAGUCCGGUAGUAGCGGUGGUAGCGAUAUGAGCCAGGCAAAUGGUUUCGUCCCCUCUUCUACAGAGAGGGAUUUCAAUUUCAAUCAUAGCCCUGUUGAUCUUGAGCCCACGUUGAGUUUAGGGUUUGAGAUGACAGAUUUGAAUCCACAGCCACUGCAGCAACUACCAACAAGAAACCUACACCAUCAUCGUCACAUCUACUACCAACCUCAAAUCUGUGGCCGGGAGUUCAAGAGGAAUUCAAGAGUGAUUAGUGGAUUUAAGAGGAGUGUCAGAGCUCCGAGAAUGAGAUGGACUUCAACUCUCCAUGCCCACUUUGUUCACGCAGUUCAGCUCCUCGGCGGCCAUGAAAGAGCAACACCGAAAUCUGUUCUAGAGUUGAUGAAUGUCAAGGAUCUAACCCUAGCUCAUGUGAAGAGUCACUUGCAGAUGUAUAGAACAGUGAAGAGCACUGACAAAGGAACAGGUGUUACAGGUCAAGGGCAGACAGAUUAUGGUUUAAACCAGAGGACAGGGAUAGUACUUGAAGCUGAAUCCAACCCUUCUUAUUCUCUAAACCCAUCACUACCAUUACCAGCACUGCAAAAUACCCACAGAGGUUUUUGGUCAUCGUCAAUGGAAACAAAUGAUUGGAGGCAAUCGAGUCAUGAAAAAGCAUUAAAUCAUUCUCAUUUUGGGGCAAAUGAUACCAAGAUGGAUGGACGCGAGACAGCCCUCCACAUGUCUGACAGCAAGAAAGAAAGGUUGGAUGAUAGCAACUUGUCAUCUUCCGAUAUGUUGCUUAAUCUAGAGUUCACUCUUGGAAGGCCAAAUGGACUAUGCUGAAGCUCCAAAUGACUUGACCCUUCUCAAGUGUUAAAACACUAGAAAAUAAAACCAUAUUAUGCUCUCUCUCUCUCUCUCUAGCACGGACGACAUCCUUAGUGUGCAUGCAUUUGUUCCAAGCUCUAUAAAGUUAGUUUGUCCCAGACAGGAAAAGAAAGUCGGAAAUGUUAUGAUUCUAUUAAAUGAA